UGAGCUGUGACCGUGAACGCUGCUAUAUCAUCCUCCACCUUUUGGACGGAGCUGUUCCGGAGGCUUCACUGCGAGAGGAAGGCACAGCACGGUGCGCAGCAGUCAACAAGUGGCUCUGCAUCGGGCUGGUGUGGGGACUGGGAGGAGUGAGGAAGCUUCAAGUCACUGAAUGGAAAGUUCGCUCUGACACAAACUUUUUUUUUUUUUUUUUCUCCUUACCCGUGGGGUAAUAACUUUUUAUUUUUGAGUCACUGGGAGGUGAAGGCUUCUCUGAGGGUUUCGGAGUUUGUUGUCGCCAUGUGCGCACCGCUGCUGCUCCAGAUGUGGAUGGUUUUAUUGUUAGGGGCUUUGACCGGGGUCGCGAGGGCUCAGGGCUCCACGGUCAAAGUGAUAAGAGGCAACAUGAGGAGAGACGACUUGUACCGCAAAGAGGAAAACAUCACAGUCACGACGGUGGGAGGAGCCAUCCACAGCCCACGCUACCCGAACGCUUAUCCCCGCAACCUGCUGUUGUCAUGGAAACUGCUGUCACCGCCAGGGAGCCGCAUUCACCUGGAGUUUGACGGACACUUCGGCCUGGAGGAGGCUGAGAAUGGAGUGUGCAGGUAUGACUUUGUUGAAGUGGAGGACCAAUCAGAGACAAGCACUAUAAUUUGGGGUCGCUGGUGUGGGCAGAAAGCUCCGCCCCGCCUCAACUCCAAAACCAACAUGCUCCGAGUCACCUUCAAGUCUGAUGAUUACUUUGUUGCAAAGCCGGGAUUCAAAGUCUACUACUCCCUGCUGCACGAAGCUCCUCUACCUGCAGCCAACACCAACUGGGAGGCUGUCACUAUGCUCAUGUCGCAGGACAGCGGUGGAGGGCAGAUGGUGCCCGUCACGCAGGUUCCUUUCUCAUUGGAGGAUCUGGACCGGACCAUAGCUGCCUUCGACACGGUGGAGCAGCUGCUCAGAUCCCUGAACCCAGACACCUGGAGGCAGGACCUGGACAGCAUCUACACUCAGACACACAUACAUUAUAUGUCCAGGGCCUAUCAUCUGGCAAGCAGACAUAAUAAAGUUGAUCUGAACCGUCUAUAUGAUGAUGUCAAGCGCUACAGCUGCACCCCCCGCAACUACUCUGUGAACCUGCGCGAGGAGCUGAGGGCCACCAACGCCGUCUUCUUCCCUCGAUGUCUGCUGGUCAAACGCUGUGGAGGCAACUGCGGCUGCGGAACUAACAACUGGAACAGCGGCUGCACCUGUCAGGCCUCCAAGACGGUGCCCAAGCUGCACGAGGUGCUGAAAUACGCCCCGGAGGUCCCUCCGCCUCAGCGCCAUCGGCGGCCGCGGGUGCGUUGGAUCAUAGACGAGAUCUUCCUCACACACCAUGAAACGUGCGAGUGUGCGUGUCCCUCCCAGCCCCCCCGCUGAGACACUCCACGCAGGCACACGCGUCUGGAACUGUUGGACGAGUUCUUUCUGUAUCUAUUUUUGCAACAGACUUCAUGUAACAACAGCAGUAAAGAAGAGAGCAACAUCCUGACCGGCAAACUGCAGCUCGCAUCACAUGACUUCUGGUCUUGCAACCGACUACAUUCCUCUGUUCACGGGACACCACGUCAAAUCAUAAAUGUUUCAAGCCAAAGAUUAUUUGUUACUCAACUUUCCUGCAACAUGGAUACAAAAAUCAUAACAGUUUAGACCAGAAUAAACACAAGUUGUGUUCCAUGAAAUGUUAAAAUAACAGUGGAGCGUCUCCAAAGGAAUUCACUUGUUUUUUUCCUCCUUUGAAUUAAAAAAAUACCACAUGGCACAAAUACCGUAUUAAAAUUACAUAAAAAAUGUAUUUCGAAGAGUGUGUUGGAUGCCAACUAGAUUACAGGGGCUUAGACAUCUAAGCAACUAGUAUUUUUUAUCCAAUAUCACAUUUAUGUCUUUAGGUCUGUUAGAAUAAGACUGUUUCUAGAAACUUCGGGCUCCUCUUCUGCCAGGAGCCCGUUGAGAUGAGUGAUGGUGAGACAGAAGGAGGGGGUGAGAGGGCUUUGGAGGAAGUGUAAACCAAAAUACCACCUUAUCUUGAUGUGAAAUUAGGCUAACCACAACCCUCCAGGUCGGAACUGCACGCUCACACACUCGCACACACACUCGCUCACUCCAGGCUUUCCCUGCUACUUAAAGAAAAAAAAACGGUAGUUAUUUAUAUUGAAUCCUGCUCUGCUCUAUUUUUCAGUCAAGGGCUCCUUUGUCUGAAUAUAUCCUGGCUUCUCUUUUUGUCUGCACCUCCAUCCGUACCCUUCCAAUUCCUAUUCUUUCUUCUUCAGUAACUCCAUCUCUAACACAGACUUUCUCGCUCCGUUCAUCACUCAGCCUCAAAAACACCAAAGGAGAUGCCAGAGCAGGCCACUGCCCAUUUAUUCGGAACAUUCAUGGCAUUCCAGUUGCUAACCGGAAUUCUGCCGACACGGAUAAAACCAGUGAGCUUCAGACCCUAAAGACAUAACAGAGGAAAGACGCUCAGGAAGGGAGACGAAGGGGAAGUGUUUUAGGAGAAAGUGGCUGGCAGAAAAGGGGCAAUCGAGCAGCCAACUUGAAGCACUCCUGGAUGAGAGCUGCGGGGGGGGGGGGCACUUUCAAGAUGUGACACAGGGAAAAAACGGCUGCUCCUUCGGUGGUUUCAAACAACAUUACAUUAGUACACUCAACAUUUAUGAGGGGCCAUUUAGGGGUUCAGUAUCUUGCCAAGGACACUUCGGCAUGCAGAUGGGAGAGAGUGGGGAUUGAACUGGCAACCUUCUUGCUGGAGAGCCACCACUCAAACCACUAGGCCACACCACCGGACAGGCAGACAUUUUAGUGGGGAGUAGCUUUGUCUUUUUAAUAAAAGUACUUGUAUCUGACCCUCCACUCUGCAUCUCUCCUGCAACACCACUGUGAAAACGAGUUCUGAGAGAGUUAGAGUAGUGCUGUUAGAGUUUGUCAAAAAAGACAACAGAUACUAGAGGAAGGGAGAGUGUGUGUUUGUGUGUGUGUUUGUGUGUGUGUUUGUGUGAGUGGUCAGGAAGGGGUCCUUUUGUUUUCAGGGGUUGAGGGUUACCAACAGUCUGUAAGAGCUGGCAGCAGAUACAAGCAUGUGAGUGGCCGGCAUGUGACUGCGACUGCCAGUGUGAGUGUGUGAUGUGUCUGUAGGUAGGGAGCUCGAGUAUCAAAGCAACAGGGGAGCAAGAAUUCAAACCAACUGCUCAACAUUUCCGUGCACACGAGCCAGCUGUGAGGAAUAAAAGACGAGGUCAUCUGUCAUCGCUCCAUCUUCACCUGCUGCGUGUCCCAGCAUCACCAGCUCGCUCACAGACUGGCUUCACGCAGAGAAAAUGGGAUUUGAUGCACUACUCCUGUUUAAGAGACAGACCAACAAAAAAAAGAGAAUAACUGGACACAGAUGAUUUCCUCAGUCACAGCAAAGCCCCAUCAGCCGUGUGCUGGCGGCACUUUUAUGUGCAUGUCUGUGCUGUAACUCACGCAUGAUACUUGACAGGUGUUGGAUAUAGAUAUGUUUCAAAAGUGUGUCGGGGUUGUGCGAUUGUCAAAUUCCAAGUUGUCUAUCCCAGACACAAUUCAUUCUCACACACAAACACACAUUAUAUUUUCAGACAACUCCAGCAAGCCGAAUGGUGAUUAGGUAACAUGCUAUUUUUCCAAUGUAAAAUGUAUGGUUACUGUACCAACACAGAUGUUAGAGCUUUUUAUGAAAUCAAAUAUCAUAGUUUUUAGGGAAUAUAAAUGUAUAUGAGGUGUGUGUGUGCAUCCUGCGUCUGCCAGUUUGCCGGCGUUAUCAGCACAUUCCAUUGUCGCACGCUCCAAAGAGCUCAGUUUCCUCUUGUGGCUCUUGACAAUAGAACCAUGUGUAUUUCAAAGUCUGACGUUUAAACCUGCUUGUUUUUUUACUCACACCAAGUUAGAACAGCUAAGACCUUUGGGAACAUUUCAGAAUAAUCUACUUUCAAUAAUAUUUGCUCCAGAGUUUUCAGCCUGUCAUGUUUCAACUGUGAGAAAUGAUUUUAGUUUCAUCACAAAAAUGUCCUUUGUUCUAUUCAGAAAAAUAGGCUGUAUGAAACUGUAUUCUUUUCUUAAAUAAUUUAUUGUCAUUCUCAGUUGUUUUAUUGAAAAUAUCAGCUUGGUUUUGAUGAAUAAAAUAUUUCUAGCA